AUGAGUGCCCAAACGCUCACUGCGGGGCUUGCGAAUGGUAUUGUGGACCAGGGAGAGCCUGCUCCACAAGGCCAAUCAGGAGCAAUUGGCUCCGAGCCACUGGCAGCGAGAGUGGCAGGUGAGUACCAGCCGCAUGGGAUGGGUCAGCAAACUGCGCGUGCAGAGGACCUUGAAGUGCGUGAUGAAGCGAGAGCUGGAGAUCCACGCCCUGUACCGGAAGCUACAGCUGGACCUACGCAGGCGGUGCCUGGAGCAGUGGCACUGACGACGCAGGAUUCAGGUAGACAAGCUGGACUGGAGCAAGUUGGCACAGCUACAAUGGCUGAUGACUCACCUGGAGUUUUUAGGACGCCAAGGGCAAUGAUGACGCCUACGACGACGACCCAGCCUCAAUGGCUGGCCGGAGUUGAGCCACCGAGAUGGCUCACUAGACUGGGCAAUAUGUUGAAUCUGCAGGGACAUGGAGCGACUGCCGCGGAAUUGGCACCGAGUCCGUUCCCAAGCCGAUCCCCAGUUUACACGCCGCCGCCACCAGGCGGACAGGCUUUCAGAUUGCGGUCUCCAACAAGGGCGCGGGCGAUAUCAGCCGCCCCGACACCACCGUCUUCGUCGUCUGUUCCUGCAGAAGCAAUCCAGGCAGAAGUUCAAAGACAGCUGCAGGGGAUUAUGGGACAGCUACGAGAAUAUGGGGAUCGCAAUCAGCGCUUGAGCGAAGAGCCGCGUGAGACACAAGAGCGGCUGCGCGAAGCACAAGAGCGUGGUUUUACAAUGGGCCAAGGACAAGUACGGCAUGAGCGACUUCUAGGGGAUCUUGCUACAGCUCAACUAGAAGUGCGCUUCGUGAAUCCGUACAACCUAGUGCUUCAGUACCUGGAGGUGAAGGUGGCCCCCGAGUACCCGAAGUACCAGAACAGCCCAGAACCACCAGAAUGGAGUAUGAACCAAUGGGAAGAGAUGGUGGUCCUAGUUUGCUACGAACCUGGUACAGUUUCGCUGACGAUGAUGCCGGACGUCAAGGAGGGAGCGGACGCCGCCCUUUCGUUCCAGGACUGGCUGGAAGUAUCUAACUCGGUGAUGUGCGACAUUAGCGAGGGAUCGUCAGCUUGGUGGGCAGGGAUCCUAGAAGGAGUUCAAGACACCUAUGCAACAUGGCUGUCUGCAUCACCGCUGGAGAAGCUCACGAUAGAGCCUAAGGAUACUGAGAAAUGGAGGCGGGUGGGAAUGCUGAGCUAUGUCGAUACUUUGCCAAAGCAAGUGGAUGCAAGCGUGGGGAUCAACACCUACUUCUACCGCCACGGCAACCGCUCCGCUACCAAUGCCAGCCGCUACUUCAGUGGUUGGCACCCCAUGGACUCUGGAGACAUACGAGUGUCAUCUAUGACGGCAACAACCACGGCCCUUCUGGACAGCGGUGCAACACACAGCUUGAGAACGGCAACGGCCCCUGAAGAAUGGGAAGAAGCAGAGCCAGUGUCAGUUCAGCUAGCCGGAAGCUGCAGUUUGAUGAUGCGGAUCAAUGAAGCGGGGACUUUGCUGAUGCCCUGUCGAAUGAGCAGGGGUGAUGGGAGCGAGGGGCAACCUGGAGGCGCUCAAACCAUUGUUCCAAUGGGCCAGUUGAUAGAGACCCUGGGCUACUCACUGCAAUGGACUCCUCAAGCUUGCACGCUAGUUGACCCUGAGGGAAUGUCCACUACUCUUCGAAUUCAAGGAGGGUGUCCUCAGCUACAGGAGAUGGAAGCGCUAAGUUUGAUCGCUAAGAUCGAAGACCGGAAGCUCGAAAUGUUGAGGAACUCUACGUUGACCACUUCGGACGCGCUAAAGGUAACUGCCAUGUCUAUGAGUUACCAGUGGGACUACUAUUUGUUGGAUUAUGUGAAGACAGGGUGCUUUGAUUCAGGUCUUCGUGCUGUACGAGACGCGCCAUUCCUGUCGGACCUUCCAGGAGAAUGUCUUCAUGAGUUAGUUCCCGCAGCAGGUCUAUGGAGUGGCUGGGACAUAAUGAAGAACAUCGGGUUCCUGUCCAGACCGCAAAGACGGAAACUUUGGAGCUCAAAGAAGUGGGUGGUUCAUCUGUUUGCAGGUGAUCCUGGCCAUUGGCCAAUCUUCAAGCUUGACAGCGGUGAAACAACAGUGCUUGAGUUGGAUGUGGCCCGCAAUGCUGGACAGAAUGUCAUGCGAGGAGAAGUCUGGCAGAUGUUGUUGUGGGCUGCAAAGGAAGGAAAAAUAGAUGUAGUCCUUGGAGGACCGCCGGACCGUGCUUCACAACAUGCCAAAGGAGGCGCCAGGGAUGCAAAAGCCUUGGCGUUAGUGGCAAGAAUGAUGUGGUUGCAUGCCGUGGCCCAAGUUGGACGAGAAGUGAAUGGGGGGCCAGUUACGCGUGAUCGUGAAGUUGGGUUUGUCCUGGAGUAUCCAGAAGGUAUGUCUAGGGAAGCUCAAGGUGCAGCAAUAGCCAGAGAGAACGCCUGCGAGGAUAUGACUCGUGCACCAGAUGGACAAGGUUCCCCAGCUACGUGGACGCAGGCAACCUGGUUAUGGGAGAAUGUUCAAGGACCCCGUUGGGAGCGAGCUGCAGGUGCGUCAACAGUAGAUGCGAGGAUCAGUUUCUGGGAUACCAGAAUGUGGAAGGCCUACCAAAGGUUGUCGGGUUUUCGGACGGUGUCAUUUGAUCAGGGCGCCAUGGGAGGAGAUAGUGUAAACCCAACAACCCUCGGCACCAACAUCAACAACCUUCUGUCGUUAGAUGAGCUUCGGGUACCAGAGGGGACUGAUCUUCCUCGUCAUGGACCUAAUGAUUACAAGUGGGCUCCCGGAUUAGUUGAUGCAGUUGUUGUGGCCUUAAGUUUUUGGGAGCGAGAUCCGCGGUGUGCUCCCCGACUACCUCGACUACAAGCACUUUCUCCAGAGCAAUGGAAGAAGCACGUGAACAGCAACCAUGCGGACUAUAGACGAGAUUGUGCUACAUGCGUCAUGAGUAGGGGUGUGGGACGUCGACAUCGUAGAGUUCAUCAUCCAGAAGCAUAUGUUUUGACAGCUGACGUAGCUGGGCCUCUAUCACCGGGACUAGAUCCAACCUCAAAAGGGACCAUGGGCAAAAACAUCAAGUACAUGCUUGUGGCCAAAUACUUGGUACCUAAGGAGUUUGUGGAGCAGAAGUGUGGUCGUGUUCCUCCGGAUGAUCAUGGUAUGGAUUCUAGUGAUUCUAGUGGUGCAAGGGCUGAUAAGGACACUGCUGAAGAUGAGAAGUUCCAGGAUCCGUUCGACCUAAACGCCAUGGACGGGGAGCCUGAGGACUAUGACGCAGAGAUCACUCAGGUACCCGAUGGAGCUCCGUUGAAUAUGGUGGUCCAGGAGGAGUUGGAGUAUGAGCCAUCUCUUCCCCCAGAUGAGGAACCGGACGAUCGAGGAGGAGAACCCCCAGAAGAACUUGACGAUGAUGAGCGAGUGGCACCUAUAGAUAUGGUUAUGUCAGGAGGAGUUUGCAAACCCCCUGAGAUGACCUACUUGACCUUCGGAGUGGGACUGGUGAAUAACCAGGCCAAGACGAUCAAGACUGCGGUUCAGGACAUUGUGCUGUACCUGGAGAUGCAUGGGUUUCAAAUUUAUCGGUUCCACUCGGACAAGGGGGAGUUCUUCAAUCACCAGUUUAGAAGUUGGUUGAGGGAUCAAGCGAUUUACGGCACGUGGUCGGAACCGGGUGUACCUCAAAGCAAUGGCCAAGCAGAGUCAACGGUUCGGUGGGUGAAGGACAGAGCAAGGACCUUUUUACAGGCGUCGUCGCUCCCAACCAGGUUGUGGCCUACAGCGGUGGCGGCAGCUACAGCGGAGCAGCGGGCGAAGGUGCUGGGGUGGAAAAGUUACCUUGCAGCUCCGUAUGGAGCCCCUGUGGUGCUAAAGAAGAAGGCCUUUGACAAGCACGGACCACUACGCCGUGAACAAGGACUUGAUACAAAGUGGUUGAAGGCAAGGUACGCGGGCCUCAGCACAAUACUUCAUCACGGUCAUUUGGUCUAUAUCCCAGCCAAGGAUGGUGAGCGGGAGAAGUUUCUCCACACCCUUCACGUGCGCCCCAACUUGAUAGAUCCAGGAGAACCAGACAUUGAGUUGGAGGCAGAUCUUCCAAAACCGAGGAGGAGAUUGAGUCAUAAGUCACCAAUGGAGGAGAUUCAGUUGAGGGGGAUCCGCGUAAAGGACCAAGAGGUUAUGGAGCUCGCGACGGGCAAGGCCAAGGAGAUUGUGGAGCAUUGGGAUGUGGAGAGGGCGAAAGCUUUAGUUAUUCAGCUUGCCUACAACGACUUCUUCAAUGAGGUGAAGUUUGGGGUGUUUCGUCACGGGGGAGCCGUGGGCUGGAUGAAGGGCUUUAAUGAAUUCCCAGAUCUAGCAAAGUUGCUAGCGAGGAUCGUCACCGAUGAGAUUCCAGAGGCAACCUUCACUUCUGUGCUGAUCUCCCACAACACGCUUCGAACCCUACAUAAGGACCUCAACAACGACUCCAAAACCGACAACUACGUGAUUCCUCUCCUCAUACCUCGUCGAGGAGGAGAAGUAUGGGUUGAGCUUCGACCAGGUGACACCGUGAAGGGCACGAUUGAGCAGAGGAAAGUGAAUGAGCGCGAGAUCUAUGGGCACUUACAUCCACUCGAGGAGGGCAGUUAUAUCAAGUUUGGUCCAAGGAGGUACCAUGAAGUUAACGAGUGGGAAGGCGACCGGAUCGUGCUGAUUGCAUACUCUCCUCAGUGUCUUGGGAAGCUUGGUCAAGCUGAAGUUGAGCUAUUACAUGAACAUGGCUAUGCAGUACCUUUGUCACAGCUUCCAGAGUACUGUGGUGAUGACGAGAUUGACCCUGUUCUGCCGCAUGUAAGGAGCAUGGAGUUGGAAACCACAGAAGAGAAGAAUGAUUGUGAUCCGGAGUGGUCAAUGUAUUUGGACCUAGAACCCGGGGCAGUCAAGAUCGCGGACUCCAGUACAUCACCUUUUACAACUCCGCUGAUGGCGAAGACGGAGGUGAGCUACACCAACAACAUCGAGGGAGUGCUGAGCUCUCUAAAAGGGCCGCUAGAUGUUACGCACACAGUGAGGCCUUCAGAGGUGAUACCCAAUUUGGAGUUGUGGCGUCCGGCGAUUGAGAAGGAGAUGCGCAACAUUGAAGUAGCAAUAGAAAGGCUGGUUCCAGGCUCAGAUCUACGGCGUCAGUGGCUGAAUAAGCCUGGAGUACAGAGGCUACCAAUGAAAUUCGUGUUUACCGUGAAGCCCAACGACCAAGCUAUAGCUUCAGACCCGACGACCUGGUUCAAACGUAAGGCGAGGUUGGUUGUUUGUGGAAAUAUGGCAGAAGAUAGCGGAGCUUCUGUAUACACAGAAGCUGCACCUGCCGAAGCAGUCCGCGCGGGAUUGGCUGUGACCGUGAAGAAUGCCUGGUCCAUUGCGGUCCUAGAUGUUGUUGCAGCCUUCCUCAAAACUCCAAUGGGGAGAGCCAGAACAGAUCCCAUUGUGGUGGUACAGCCACCGAGACUUUUGGAGUUGAUGGGGUUGGUCACGAAGAUGGAACUGUGGGCCCUGAUAAGGGCAUUGUAUGGACUACGCCAAUCUCCAGCUUUAUGGGGAGACUUCCGUGACUACACAUUACGGACCGUUAACCCUCCAAAGGGAUUGAAGCUACAGCAAGGACGAGCGGCUACAAGUUGGUGGCGACUCGUUGACGAGAACAACUGCAUGGUGGCAUUGGUUCUUGUGUAUGUGGACGAUUUCCUUUUGUGUGGCCCACGGGAGAUCAUUCGCAAACUAGCAGCAUGGAUUCAGGAGUUUUGGGACACGUCGGAGCUUAAGUUUCUACUUCCUGGCGCAUCAGCGCGAUUUCUUGGAAUGGAGCUGUACGUGGACGAGAACCACCCAGAGGAAAUAAGAAUAGGCCAGCAAGGUUAUGUUCAAGAACUACUACGACUUCAUCAAGUGCCAGAAACACAACUUGACAAAGUUCCGGUGACGAAGGAACUGGUCGCAGACAGAGAACCGCAAAGUCCUCCGACCAAGGAGGACAUCCACAUGGCGCAACAGCUCACGGGAGAAAUUCUGUGGGUUGCUCAAAGAAGCAGGCCGGACUUGGGAUUUACCACAUUGAUAAUGGCCUCCCUUUGCUUACGACAACCACAACAAGCUAUAGAAAUAGGCCGGAAAGUUCUUGGAUACCUACAGAGGACGCUGAAGUUCCAGCUGAAGGUCGUGAAGGGGAGUUCUGGCCUAAUCAUGUACUGUGACGCAGCAUAUGCACCUCAGGGAACAAGAUCGCAUGGUGGUUGGUUGGUAAUGUACAAUGGAGUUCCAAUAGUGUGGAGAAGUGGCCGGCAGCAGAUGAUUACCUUGUCGACGGCGGAGGCUGAGUUGUUGGCGAUGAUUGAUGGUGCAAUAGCUAUGAAGGGAGUGGAAGCUCUGUUGAUGGAUGUGAACCAAGUGGUGGAGGAGAAGACCAUUGCUUCGGACAGCAUGUCAGCUUUGAGAGUUCCCAGCGGGGACAUACAGCUGGAUCGAGAUCUGGUUGGCACGCUCAUGUUGCUACUCAUGCUGCUUGGUGGACUUCUUAUAUGGGAGGCAGUAAAAUGGGCAUGCGUUGAAGCUUAUCAAGAAUUGGAGGAGAUCUACAGCGAGAUCUACUACAACACCUACAAGGGAGAGGACCACUUCGAGAUCAACUAUGACACCACCUCGUGA